CCAAGAUUUGCAGAAAUGUUGAAGCAAGUUUCUUUCGUUCUCUUUGUUCUUCUCUCUUGCUACAUGGGAGUUGAGUCCCAAAAGUUGAAGCAUCUCACCAAUGAGCUUGAAGUGAAGGUGGCAGCAAGCGACGUUUGGGAGCUUUACAGGCACCUUGGGAUCUCAAUGCUUGCUGCCCAAGAGCUUAAAAACGUCAUCCAAACUGUUGAAGUUUUGAAAGGCGAUGGCGGGGUUGGAACUAUCCUCAAACUCACUUUUGUUCCAGGCAAUUCUAGCUAUACAGAAAGGUUCACUGUGGUUAACGACGAGAAGAGGGUGAAAGUGGCAACGGGUUUGGAAGGAGGAUGUCUAGCAAUUGGUUGUUCUGUUCAAAUCGUUCGGUUUGAUAUCAUAGCAAAAACCAAUGCUUCAUGUAUCAUCAAAUCUGACAUCGCGUAUGCUGUCAAGAAAGAGUUUGAAGCUGAUGACCCAAAGCCUAAUAUCCAACUCUUAGCAGCUGCUGCACAGAUUACUAAAAGGUUCCUCGAGAGUAAACACAACGCUUAAAGAUCAUCAGUCUAAUAUAACAGAUUGAUGGGGAGGGUUGAAUUCUCAUUGUUUCUAUCUUCUUGUACUAGAAAAUUUUAUGCUCUUAU